CCACCCCCGCCCUCUCCCCGCAGCCCCGACGGCUCCCGCCUCUCGAGCUCUUCCGCGGCCGCGGAGCGGCUGCAGCGGCGGCCUGGGCCGCGCCGCUGGUCUGGGGGGUGCUGAGGGGGGCCGGGGGGGUUCCUGUUCCCUCCGCCCUCAGGUGAGGUGGGAACUGUUUUUUCCCGAGCACGGCCGGAGCCGCCCGGCCUUCCCGUGGAGCCUUGGCGCGGGGCUUACGCGGCGGCGGCCCCCGGGAGUGGCCGGGGAGGGGCGGGAGCCUGGGCCCAGGGACCCGCGGCGCGGCGGUUCCCAUGUUUUUCCAAGCCCUACGGCCAGCCCUGCCCGCCCGGGGGCCCUCGCUGCAUUGGGGCGGGGGUUGGCGGGGGGAGGCGGUGAGUGCAGUGAGGCGGAGGCGGGCUGCGGGCGCGAAGCCCUGCGCGGGGCAGCGGCUGCACACACCCCCCCGGGCGCAGCUGGACUCCCCCGCAGCCCCUCGCAGGGGCCGCCUCCCCCCGGAGCGGGCUGAGGCUCCUUUCGGCUCGGCUUAGGCCGCGGGGCUGGGGGCGAGCCGCAGAAUUGCUCCAAACUUGGGAGGGGGCAGCCCUGCCUGCCCCCCCGCCCCGCGCUGCCCUGCUAUUUAUUUCGGUUUCUCUUCGCUGCUCUCACGCACCCAUCACCGCCUCCAGCAGCGCCGGCUCCCGGCCCGACAUCCUGUUUUUGUGUGCUUAAAAAAAAAAAAAAAAAUUUCGCGUGAAGCGGCUUUGCGGAGGUCUGCCGAGAGAGGCUGCCUCGGAGGAGAUGGGCUCAGGUAAAGUGGAGCUGCAUGGGAAACUCAUAGAAGUUGAACAUUCGGUCCCGAAAAGACAAAGGAGUCGGAAGCUUCAGAUCAGGAAUAUCCCGCCUCACUUGCAGUGGGAGGUGCUGGAUAGUUUGUUAGCUCAGUAUGGAACUGUGGAGAACUGUGAGCAAGUGAACACUGACACGGAGACUGCAGUUGUAAAUGUAACAUAUGGCAAUAAGGACCAGGCUAGACAAGCAAUAGAAAAACUGAACGGGUUUCAGCUUGAAAACUAUUCCUUGAAAGUCGCAUACAUCCCUGAUGAGAUGGCAGCCCAGCAACCUCCACAACAACAUCCCCAGGGAAGACGUGGCUUUGGCCAGAGGGGUCCUCCUAGGCAAGGGUCACCUGGCGCAAGCACUCGGCAGAAACCACAGUCGGAUGUUCCUCUACGGAUGCUGGUUCCCACACAGUUUGUAGGAGCCAUUAUCGGGAAAGAAGGAGCAACAAUCAGAAACAUUACCAAGCAGACACAGUCCAAAAUUGAUAUUCAUCGUAAAGAGAAUGCAGGUGCUGCUGAGAAACCAAUUACCAUCCACUCAACUCCUGAAGGCUGCUCAACAGCUUGUAAAAUUAUUAUGGAGAUCAUGCAAAAGGAAGCUCAAGAUACUAAAUUUACAGAAGAAAUUCCCUUGAAGAUACUGGCACACAACAACUUUGUCGGCCGACUUAUUGGCAAAGAAGGAAGAAACCUGAAGAAAAUUGAACAGGACACAGAUACUAAAAUCACAAUAUCACCAUUGCAGGACUUGACACUCUAUAAUCCAGAAAGGACCAUUACAGUCAAAGGCAGUAUUGAAACUUGUGCCAAGGCUGAGGAAGAAAUCAUGAAGAAAAUCAGGGAGUCCUAUGAAAAUGAUAUUGCUGCUAUGAAUCUUCAAGCACAUUUAAUUCCUGGAUUAAAUCUGAAUGCCUUGGGUCUGUUCCCACCCUCUUCUUCAGGAAUACCACCUCCCGCAGUGAGUGUUGCCUCCGCUGCUGCUGCUGCUUCGUAUCCACCUUUUGGGCAACAGCCCGAGUCUGAAACUGUUCAUCUGUUCAUCCCAGCCUUGGCAGUUGGAGCUAUUAUUGGCAAGCAGGGACAGCACAUCAAACAACUUUCUCGUUUUGCAGGCGCAUCUAUUAAGAUUGCCCCUGCUGAAGGACCAGAUGCUAAGCUGAGAAUGGUUAUCAUCACUGGACCUCCAGAAGCUCAGUUCAAGGCUCAAGGGAGAAUCUAUGGAAAACUUAAAGAAGAAAAUUUCUUUGGACCUAAAGAAGAAGUGAAACUUGAGGCUCACAUAAAAGUGCCAUCCUAUGCUGCUGGUAGAGUUAUUGGUAAAGGAGGCAAAACAGUAAAUGAGCUUCAAAACUUGACAAGUGCAGAAGUUGUAGUCCCUCGUGACCAGACACCUGAUGAAAAUGAUCAGGUGGUUGUGAAAAUAACUGGUCACUUCUAUGCAUGCCAGCUUGCUCAGAGAAAAAUUCAGGAAAUACUGGCUCAGGUAAGAAGGCAGCAGCAACAGCAAAAAACAUUGCAAAGCGGACAGCCUCAGCCAAGACGAAAAUAAAGGUUUAGGAAAUGGCCCAUCAGAGACAGAUGCCAGACCAAAGACAGACUGUGUGACAGAGAGACAGGUGGUGAGCACCUGUUGAAGUUUUAUGCAGAAGAUCCACCAAGCCAAUCACCUGUUCGAGGACCAGGCAACCGUUGAACGCUGUCUCUGAGAAUGUAUUCUUUAGGCUCUCUCAAACUUUUGAAACCCAGCUUUAAAAUAAGGACCCCUUCACUUCCCUUUUGUUCUAUUCUCACAAUUUAACAUAAACUCGUUAGUCUUUUUUAUUGUUCUUAUUAUUCCCCAACAACUUUAGAACUUGGUUUAAUGAAGCUUUCUCUUCUGAGUUCACUGGUUAAAAAAAAAAGAAAAGAAAAACCAACAAAAAAAAAAAAAAA